AUGGCUGAUCACAUAGCGACGGGACAACUACUCGCCAACAAAGCGGAGAAAAAGCUCUUCUGCUGUUGCGCCUUGUUUGGUUCAAAUUAUCAAGAUGCCGCUGAACUCUUCCUCAAAUCUGCUAAAUCAUUCAAACUCGGAAAAUCAUGGGAGAAAGCAGGUUCAAUCUUCAUCAAAUCAGCUAAAUGUCAUAUCAAGUUAGAUAACAAGUUUGAUGCUGCUAAGGCUUAUGUAGAUGCUUCUCAUUGUUUCAACAAAACAUCUAGAAAAGGAGCUAUUACAUGUUUAAAUCAAGCAGUAACUAUCUUCACUGAAAUCGGUCAACACAUCAUGGCUGCAAGGUAUUGCAAGGAAAUCGGCGAGUUAUAUGAGCUCGAUCAAGACUUAGAAAAUGCUAGAUCAUAUUUUGAGAGGGCUGCUGAACUUUUUGAUAUUCGCGGGGAUUCAACAACCUCUGUGAUCCAGUGCAAACAGAAAGUCGCACAAUUUUCUGCUCAACUUCAACAAUAUCAGAAGGCGAUUAAAAUUUAUGAAGAUAUUGCACAACAAUCUUUGAACAACAAUUUAUUGAAAUACGGAGUCAGAGGGUAUCUUCUUAAUUCUGGCCUUUGCGAGCUUUGUCGAGGGGAUAUUGUUGCAAUUACCAACGCGUUGGAGCGCUAUCAGGACUUGGAUCUAACAUUCUCUAAAACUCGCGAAUACAAAUUUUUGGCUGAUUUGGCUGCUUCAAUUGAUAACGAAGAUGUUGCAAAUUUUACUCGAGUAGUCAAGGAGUUUGAAAGCAUAACCCGCUUGGAAUCUUGGAAGUCAACCCUUUUAACCAGAGUUAAGGAUGCUUUGGAAGCAAAAGUGAUGGAAGAGGAUGAUUUGACAUGA